GAGAACUACGGCUCUACUACACAGAACAUAGAGCUAUGGCUUUAAGCAUGGCUAUGUAUUUAAGAUGGUAGCGGAAAUACUCCGUGAAAACCGCCAUUACAUAGCAAAGAAGAGAAGCGGAACAAUGUCACGUGUGUUUGAUGUUCUUACACGGACCUGUUUUGGGAGCCACUGCAAGCUCGCCAUAAGUUAAAAAAAAACCGAUGUGUAUUACGUACAGGGUCGUAUUGUCGUGUGCAUCUCGCGUCCAUAAUUAGUACGUAACAGUCUGCGGAGUGUAACCGGGGGCGCGUUUUUACCUGGUGUGGCGUUACUUCGUCUGCGACCUGCAACCCUGAGAGUCGCCACUUGUGCUAACUGGGCUAAAGCUGAAACUAUCGCCAAGUAAAGAAAAAAGGACGCUACUUGUUGUCCCGCCAGCAUCGUCGUCAUGCCUCAGACCAGCAAGUCAGUCAGCACCGGCAACGCUUCGGGUCAGGCGUGCGCCCUGGAUGAGGGUGAGCCGCCGCCCACACGAGACCUCGGCACCUCGCAGGACUCUGCCGAGGACCCGGAAGACCCUGAGAUUAUCAAGUCGCCCAGUGACCCCAAAAAAUACAGGUACCUGCGGCUGACCAACGGCCUCCGGGCGCUGCUCAUCUCCGACUUGAGCGCCGCCGAUGGCAAGACGGAAGACGCUGGCGCAGAUGAAGAUGAUAAAGACGACGAAGACGUGGCAGAUUCGGGGGAGGGCUCAGACGAGGACGACGAGGACGACGAAGAGGAAGAGAAGGACAGUGACUUUGAAGAGCUGGAUGAGGACAACGGAGCCAAGAAGAAGAAGAGCAGCGAAAAGCAGGCUGCAGCCGCCCUGUGCAUCGGUGUGGGUAGCUUCAGCGACCCCGAUGAACUUCCCGGCUUGGCCCACUUCCUGGAACACAUGGUGUUCAUGGGAAGCCGGAAGUACCCGGCCGAGAACGGCUUCGACGCCUUCCUCAAGAAGCAUGGCGGCAGCGACAACGCCUCCACCGACUGUGAGAGGACCGUUUUCCAGUUCGAUGUGCAGAAGAAACACUUCAGGGAGGCGCUCGACAGGUGGGCCCAGUUCUUCAUCUGUCCGCUGAUGAUUGAGGACGCGGUGGACCGAGAGGUGGAGGCUGUCGACAGCGAGUACCAGCUGGCAAAGCCUUCGGACUCCCACCGCAAGGAGAUGCUGUUUGGCAGCCUGGCCGUGCCGGGACAUCCCAUGAGCAAGUUCUGCUGGGGAAACGCUCAAACGUUGAAGCACGAUCCCAAAGAGCGAGGCGUCAACACCUACCAAUGCCUGCGGCAAUUCUGGGCGCGCUUCUACUCGGCUCACUACAUGACGCUCGCCGUCCAGUCCAAAGAGACUUUGGACACCCUGGAGCAGUGGGUCCGAGAAAUCUUCAUCCACAUCCCCAAUAACGCUGAACCGGCGGUGGACUUUUCGCAUCUGCCGAGGCCGUUCGACACGCCGGCCUUCAACAAACUCUACCGAGUGGUCCCUGUGAGGAAGGUGCACGCUCUGACCAUCAGCUGGGCCUUGCCGCCUCAGGGCCAACACUACAGAGUGAAGCCUCUCCACUACAUCUCCUGGCUCAUCGGACACGAGGGCAGUGGUAGCAUCCUGUCCAUGCUGCGCAAGAAGUGCUGGGCGCUGGCUCUGUUUGGGGGGAACAGCGAGACAGGCUUCGACCAGAACACCACUUACUCCAUCUUCUCCAUCUCCAUCACGCUGACCGACCAGGGCUUUUGCUACUUCUGGCAGGUGGUCCACUUGGUGUUCCAGUACCUGAAGAUGCUGCAGACUCUCGGGCCUCAGCAGAGGAUCUACGAGGAAAUUCAGAAGAUUGAAGAUAAUGAGUUCCACUAUCAGGAGCAGACUGAUCCCAUCGAAUUUGUGGAGAACAUUUGCGAGAACAUGCAGCUGUUUCCCAAAGAAGACUUCCUGACCGGAGACCAGCUCAUGUUUCACUUUGACACUGAGGUGAUCGGCGCCGCCCUGUCCUCGCUGACUCCCGAGCGAGCCAACCUGCUGCUCCUGUCUCCGGAACACGAAGGCCACUGCCAGCUCAGGGAAAAAUGGUUUGGGACCUCCUACACUGUGGAGGACAUCCCGGCUGAGUGGGCUCAACGCUGGGCGUCCGACUUUGAACUUAACCCCGAACUUCACCUUCCCGCCGAAAACAAGUUCAUCGCUUCGGAUUUCACUCUUAGACCGUCUGACUGUCUCGACUCGGAGUUUCCCGUCAAGAUCUUGGACAACCAGCUGGGUUGCUUGUGGUACAAGAAGGACAACAAGUUCAAUAUCCCCAAAGCGUACAUUCGCUUCCAUUUGAUCUCGCCUGUGAUUCAGAAGAGUUCAGAGAAUCUGGUGCUGUUCGACCUGUUUGUCAACAUCCUGGCCCACAACCUGGCUGAGCCGGCGUACGAGGCAGACGUGGCGCAGCUAGAGUACAAGCUGGUGGCCGGCGAGCACGGCCUGGUCGUCCGCCUCAAAGGCUUCAACCACAAGCUUCCCCUGCUGCUGAAGCUGCUGGUGGAGCACUUGGCUGAGUUCACCUCGUGCGAGGGCGUCUUUGCCAUGUUUUUGGAGCAGCUGAAGAAAACUUACUUCAACAUCCUCAUCAAGCCAGAGCGGCUCGGCAAGGACGUGCGUCUGCUGAUUCUGGAGCAAGGCCGCUGGUCACUGGUCGAGAAGUACCGGGCCGCCGUAGCCGGCUUGAGCCUGCAGGACUUGCUGGAUUUUGCAGGCCAGUUGAAGGCGGAGCUCUACGUGGAGGGCCUGGUGCAGGGCAACUUCACCGGCACGGAGUCCAAGGAGUUCCUGCACUACUUCACUGAGCAGCUGCAUUUCCGGCCCCUGCCGGCCGAGGUCCCUGUGUCCUUCCGGGUGGCGGAGCUGCCCGUCGCUCAUCACCUGUGCAAGGUCAAGUCCCUCAACAAGGGCGACGCCAACUCGGAGGUCACCGUCUACUACCAGUCGGGCCUGAAGAAGCUGCGUGAGCACACCCUGAUGGAGCUGCUGGUGAUGCACAUGGAGGAGCCGUGCUUCGACUUCCUUCGGACCAAAGAGACGCUGGGCUACCACGUCUACGCCACCUGCAGGAACACCUCGGGCGUCCUGGGCUUCUCCGUCACCGUGGAAACGCAGGCCACCAAGUUCAGCACUGAGUUUGUGGAGGCCAAGGUGGAGGAGUUCCUGCACUCGUUUGGCGAGCGUCUGCGGGCGCUGACCGAAGAGGCCUUUUCCACGCAGGUGACGGCGCUCAUCAAGCUGAAGGAGUGCGAGGACGCGCACCUGGGUGAGGAAGUGGACCGCAACUGGUUUGAGGUGCUCACCAGGCAGUUCCUUUUCCAGAGGCUCAACAUGGAGAUCUCGGCGCUGAAAGAUCUGACGCGCGAGGAUCUGCUCUCCUGGUUUGCCAAGCAUCGCGACAGCGCCAGGAAGUUGAGCGUGCACGUGGUGGGCUUCGGCACAGAGGAGGGCAACCCCCCGCGACCCGAACCCGACUUGGCCUGCGACCUGGAGGCCCCUGCAUCCGCUGCCACCUCGUCCUACGGUGAGGUCAGCUCGCUGAACUUCCUGCCGCUCUUCUCGCCGGCCCUGAGGGACUCUGCCACGCCCAUCUGCGACAUCCGAGCCUUCGCCUCUGCCCUCCCCCUUCACCCCUACCACAAAGUCCUCAGCUAGGUGGCACUCUGGCGUCGUCGCUCAUCAUGUUGUCCCGCAUACCAUUAAAAGGCUCCACGUUCUCGCUCUUUCA